AUGUUUAAACGUAAGCCAACUUCUCCAGUACCACCUCCUCCUCUUUCAUUUAACGACAUUUUAUCGGAUUUGACCCGCUUACAAACUUACAAUAAGCAAGCUAUUGGAAAAAAAAAAGAUAUCUUAGAGAUAGUCAAUACUGAUAUUGAUAACGAAAAUAAUAAAACCGAUGGAUCUGGAGAUAGAACUCAACCUCUAAAAUUCACAACGUCAUCGUCACUUAUCGAGCAUUUGACUAAAUUGCCAUCUGCUAACACUCCAAUAUCUUCAGAAACACUCGAUGCUACAUAUGAUCUUUGUACAAAUCUUAUACGUGUCAAUGAUCAAUUACUUGUAUCUCGCAGAGAUCUCGAUGGAUUAGGUGUAGAUAUCGAAAGGCUAAGGAAGGAAUUAAGCGGGAUGAUAGAUACCCUUUCUCAGAACUUGUAG